CCCUUCCUUACUAGUUAGCUAUAGCCUCCCAAUAGGGAGGGUUGAAGUUGAAAGAUUUGGAUUUCGGAAAGUGGAAUUGAGUUACGGCCCUGGGGAGGAAUAUAUAAAUUUGAGUGAGGGCAGAAUGGGCAUUGCAAAGCAAAAUACUCUUUUUAUUACUAUUAUUUGCUUUGCAUUGGCCUCUUAUGCGGUUGCUAGGCCAAGAGCACGGCCAUAUAGUGGUCCAGACGUCUACAGGGGCAGGAAUGUAGCACGAGAUAUCCUUUUUCCCGGCGAGAAGGUUAACAAUGUGCUCGAUUUCGGAGCCCAGCCCGACGGCGAAUUCGACUCUACCCAGGCAUUCAUGGAAGCAUGGCAAGCAACAUGCAACUCAACAGUGCAAAGUAGGGUAUAUGUUCCAGAGGGUAGAUUCUUGGUUUCCCCAGUGUUCUUCUCAGGGCCAUGCAUGACUCCACAUCCCGUAACAGUUAAAGUUGAUGGAAUUAUACUGGCCCCUACCGAUCUUUCUGUGUUUGACAACGAUGAGUGGAUUAUUUUCCAGAACCUUAACGGCUUAAGACUCAUUGGUCAAGGUACCUUUGAUGGGCAGGGUACGGAUUCAUGGCAGAUCACCGAGAAAUGUGAAUCUAAAAGAGACGGUUUUCGAUGCGUCAGAAAUCCUAGCAGUCUUUUCUUCAGCCGAGUGAACGAUGCGAUUAUACAGGGGAUUAGGUCUGUGAAUCCAAAAGGGUUUCACAUAUUUGUGACUAACUGUGGAAACAUAAGGUUGCGAAAGCUUAAGCUGACAGCACCUGAAUUCAGCCCCAACACUGAUGGCAUUCAUGUUAGCCACUCCAACAAUGUCAUCAUGUCUAGAAACACCAUUGCAACUGGUGAUGACUGUGUCUCUAUAAUCCAAGGUUCUGUCAAUAUUACCAUGAACAGACUCACGUGUGGCCCUGGACAUGGUGUUAGCAUCGGUAGCCUUGGAAAGUAUGCAGAUGAGUUAGAAGUGAAAGGUAUUCGCCUCAUAAACGCCACAUUGAUUGGAACAACCAAUGGUCUCAGAAUCAAAACUUGGCCAGAUAGAUUCCCAGGUUCAGCCUCGGAUAUAUUUUUCACAAACAUCGACAUGGUAAAUGUUAAAAACCCCAUCAUCAUUGACCAAGAGUAUGAAUGCUUUCCAAACUGCCAAAAGAAGCCAUCCCUUGUGAAGCUUAACAAUAUUCAAUUCAACAAUAUAAGGGGAACCACGAUUAGUCCAGUUGCAGUGGACUUACGGUGCAGCAAAUUGUUCCCAUGCAACGGUGUCGUACUUCGCAACAUUGAUCUCAAGCUUGGAUUCCUUCCAAUUCCAACCGUGUCAAGAUGUUUUAACAUUAAUCCAAUUUAUUUCGGCGGUUUGCAAAUCCCACCAGCUUGCGUUUAG